CGUCUUCAACCAAGGAUCUGAGUGCGCUCCGGAGCCCUGCGCCAAAUCUGGACGACAGUCUCUACGGGAUUGAGUCUACAGUAGGCAUGACUGAGCAAGAACGGAGUAACAGAUUGAGGCACAAUCUCACUGUUAUUUACAGUUGCAUUUACGCCAUUUUCUUAGCAGUUAUGGGUGGCAUCAUAUACGUCAAUCACCAAAGUCGAGAAUACAAAUAUAUUAGUGAGCUAUUUAGCAUCUGUAUUUCACUGAUGGGAAUCGGCUGGUUGCUGUUCUUCCACAUCGACCUGUUCAUUUACAAGCGCAAGAUACUGCGUCGACUCUUGGGCACCUCGCUGCAGGCGGAUAACAUCAGCACCUGCACCGACUUCAACUUCGCCAUCAGUUUUCUCGGGAAUGAGGCCCCGCCCUACAGGUUCCUCACUGGAAGACACAGCGGAAGCUUCUACCUCAAGGCUGGACUGGCAGCUUUCUGCUUCGGUCACCUCAUCAACGAAGGACUACAGCUGGCGCAGCAAGUUCUCAACUACCUCCACGAAGAAAGACGGGACCAAGGAUGUGCAGAGCUCUCCUCACUUAUAAUUCACACGCUGAAACCGCUUUACUCUUUCUACCAGCUUUUCAUGGUCUUCAAGUACUCGAAUGUCAUAAUCUACCGAUAUAAAGAGCUGGCUCGAUUUGGUGUGAUGCAUAUCAUGGCAACAUGCAUCUGCUUUUGGUUCGGAACGAUUGUGGAAGAUGCGCUGGAAGACUACCAGCAUAGGCUGGCAAAAAUGAACGAAGAGAAAAACAAUACAGAUGAACUAUCAUGUUAUCAUAUGCCCAACUCGACGGAAUGCUUGUGUGUAUCGAGCGAAAUACUGUCAUUCAACAACAUUCAAGCAAUCCCUUACUUGUAUCCAUUCACCAUCGAAUUUAAUCUUCUGCUUGCCGGAGUAUGGUUCAUCGUCUGGCACAACAUAGGACAGGAUCACCAGAGAGCGAACCCGCACCACUUCAACCACAAAAUCGACCGAACGGACGGCACCGAGGAAGUUAUCUAUCAAAGCAACCUGGUCAUCAGCGCAGACUGCCACGCCUCCAACAAAGGACUGUUCGCCGGUUUGUUUAUGUUGAUGACGUCAAUCAUUUCCAUCAUAGUCUUCUUCGUCGCCAUGAGCAGCAAAGAGUACCACGCACUUGGAGUGUCGAUCCACCAUUUUCAAGACGGAACAUUAACCAUCGUCACGCUCGGCGGCGUGAUUCUGGCUUACAAGCAAUUAUCCAAACUGGACUUCAACUACCAUCCUAUUACGUUUUUAGACGACGUUCUGUUAUUCAUUCCCUUGCCCUUCUUUUUCGUGCAAGCUCUUCUCACAAUCAUGAGCGAAUUUCACAAUCAGAACCUCUUGAGGUCCAUCAUGUGGGUGCUCGUGCCGCUCCAAGUUCUUCUGCAGACGCCGUUCAUCAUCGACGGCCUCAGGAGGUGCAGCAACACUCAGUCUCUGAGGUACAAGAAGCCCGGAAGAGAAAUAGUCACUUUCCUCAUAGUUUGCAACCUCACCAUGUGGAUCAUCAACACGUUUGAAGCGAAAAGUGUCGAGUCACAGUACGGACAGAAAGCUUACUUCGGAGAGUUUUUGUGGAUGUUCAUCAGCCACACCACUCUGCCGCUCAUGCUGUUUUACAGAUUUCAUUCGUCAGUUUGCCUCGCAGACAUAUGGAAAUCUGCUUAUGAGAAAGGAGAAUGAGCAAUAUGCUAUUUCUCCUUCAUGCGUCGUAGUUUCCCAUUCAACAUGAAUUGAACUGUCGGGAAACAAUAUUUUCUUAAAGACACUAGUCCCACCAAUUGGAAAAGAACAAAAACAAAAGUCAUUUUUCUAAAAUCAUUACUGUUAUGGUCUCACUAUAUAUGUUCGAUGUGUGUGUAUCAGAGAAGACGGUACUAAGCCAUUGGUUCUCAACCAGGAAUACGCGAAAAACUGUUAGAGAUUCGCUGUAAACUACCGAAAAAUAAA